AAGAAAUAAAUUCCAAGGUUUGUAUCAUCAUACAUUUGAAAAUAUGAAUAGUACAUUUUCUCAUGUUCCUCCUGGAUUUAGAUUCCACCCAACGGAUGAAGAACUCGUUGAUUACUACCUUAGGAAAAAGGUCGCGUCUAAAAGGAUUGAUCUUGACGUCAUCAAAGAUGUUGAUCUCUAUAGGAUUGAACCAUGGGAUCUUCAAGAGUUGUGCAAGCUAGGAACUGAAGAGCAAAAUGAGUGGUAUUUCUUCAGCCAUAAGGACAAAAAAUAUCCAACGGGGACUCGCACCAAUAGAGCUACCAAAGUUGGUUUCUGGAAAGCCACUGGAAGAGACAAGGCCAUAUACUCUAAGCAAAAUCUGGUUGGCAUGAGAAAGACCUUGGUGUUUUACAAGGGUCGAGCACCCAACGGACAAAAAUCAGAUUGGAUCAUGCACGAGUAUAGACUAGAAACGAAUGAAAAUGCAAUGACUCAGGAAGAAGGAUGGGUUGUAUGCAGAGUAUUCAAGAAGCGAAUGACAACCGUACGUAGAAUGGAUGAACAUGAUUCUCUGUGUUGGUACGAUGACCAAGUCUCAUUCAUGCCGGAUUAUGAAUCCCCAAGUCGGAUAUCUCAUCCAUACACUUCAAAUACGAGUAGUAGUUCAUACCAACAUCAAUUGCCUACAAAACCCGAGCUUGAUCAGCAGAUGCAUUACAACUUGCCAAAUGAUCACUCCUUCAUGCAACUUCCACAAUUAGAGUCUCAUAGAUUUCCACAACAUAUGGCUGCUGCCAGCCUAAGUGCUUCGUACACUGGCAGUUUUCAAACCCCGGCUCAACAAUCGAAUGACAAUAUGACGUAUUAUGGUAAUGAAAACAAUUAUAACGGUGAACAAGGUCUUCAGGUGACUGAUUGGAGAGUGCUCGAUAAAUUUGUUGCUUCUCAGCUUAGCAAUGAUCAAGAUAUUGCAGCCACUAAAGAAAACGGUUAUCUGAAUCCUCCUUCAUCGACGUCGCUUCAAAUGGCGGAACAUAUAAACAUGCUUUUAAGCGAUUCUAAGAGCGAUGAGAUCGCUAACUCAGAAGAUGCUGCCUCAAUAUCCACAUCCACUUGCCAGAUUGAUCUUUGGAAGUAAUAUUCAUUAAAAAAAAAAAACAUCUUGAUCGAACUACUUGUUCUAUACAAUUAAGAAAUUGAAAGACUGAGAUUUAUAUUAUAGUACGUGAUUAGUAGAACGUAUGUAUGUAUGUACUUACUAA